AAGGCAGAUGUGAAGUCACUCAUGGCAAAAUUUAACACGGAUAACAGCCCCACAGAGGAUGUUUCUGGUAACAGUUGACCCUUCAAAGUCCCAGGACAACCUAUCCAUAUGGGAUUACAGACGAGGAAAGCAGCACUUGAGAAAUUUGCAAGUCAAGGAAAUGCAACUUCUCCUUUAGGACCCAGUACCUUUCACAAACCUGUUCAUCCUAAGCCUCCUCUGGAGGUCAAGCCUUCAAUUGAAAGAGAGAAGGAUCCAAAGCCCCUGUAUUUGAAACCAGUGGCACAAAGGUUUGGGGUUCAGCUUCAGGCAACUAACAGAGAAAAUGAUGGAAAAGCUGGAUGCACUAACCCCCCCACCAAAACCAGUGACUUGGUAAAAGAGCCAAAGCCUCUGUAUCUAAAACCUGCAGGGAACAAGUUCCUUAACACUGCUCCUCAUGAGAAAGAAAAAAAGCGUCUGGGAACAAAACCAAAUUUGAAUUUUGCACCACAGGAGAGUGAGGCAAAACCAGCAUUUUCAAAAGUAACUGGAGUUAAGGAAAACUUCAUGUCUGCAACACAAGAAAACGAGCCCAAGCCUCCUUUCUCUAAACCACCUCUUGCACAGAAACCUUCUCUAAACCAUGAGGUCUCCCACAAUGAAGACACUUCUAAUAAAAAUGUUUUUCUGGAUAAAGGACUAUCAGGCCCUAGACCAAAUAUACACUCAUUUAAAGCAGCAAAGGAAAUGGAUGAAAAUAGUAACUGUGCUGCAGAAGCUGCAGGCAGUCAUUUUUCUAACAUGGCUCUGAAGCCUACUGGCCACUGGUCCAGCUCAUCUCAAGGCACCCCAAAAAAUGUGGAGGAAAAGACUGAAGAAAAGGGAGUGAGUGCUGCCAAGAACAUCUUUCUCAACAAAAUCAGCCAGGAAGAAUCAGGUUCUUCUUCUCCUAAGUUCUAUAAGACAAACACAGCACUUGCUUCAGAUGAUAGGCCAUCAGGUGGAUCACAAGAGAAAGAGAGUGGGGACAGGAGCUCAGGAACCCCCAAGCGGAAGGCCUUGCCCCCACUGUUCAAGCUGGGCCAGCCCCUGCAGAAGCCCAGCAGACCCCCCAGCGUGGACCUGGAAAGGUUCCAGAAGAGCAGCCCAAGAGACAAUGGAUACAUUAAAACAACCAUGGUGGAGAUUGAUUAUGAUUCUUUAAGAAGAAAGCAACAACCAGCUAUCAGAGCUGCUGUGAAACGUCCAGAGAGUGACCAAGAAGUGUAUGAUGAUGUUAGAGAGCAGGACAGUAUUAGCAGGUAUGGUGGUGGUCAAAGUGGAGCUGGAAAGAUGUUCCCACCUCCUUCUUCUGAUCAAGAAAUUUAUGAUGGGAUUGAUGAUGAAGAUGCUGUUACUAAGUCUGUAUCACAGGAUGAAGAUAAGAAUGAUAUCUGGUCCUGGGGAAUCUUGAAGAGGCUAAAGACCAAAGAUGACAAAAAGAGAAGUGUACAAGAAAAAACAACCAAAGUCAAUGGGGCAGAAGAUAAUGGAGAUUUGUUCAUGUCUCCUUCAACAAAGCAGUUUGAAAAAG